AUGAGAUCGCUCGCCAUGGGGAAAAUUGACGUCCAUCAUCAUAUGCUGCCGCCUGAAUACGUGCAGAAAUGGAAAGAAGCGUCCGGAGUUCCCAAAGGACUUACGCUCCCAUCAUGGAACGUAGAGAUCGAUCUAGAAUUUAUGGAUCGUAACAAUAUCGAUGCUUCAAUUCUGUCCCUCAGUGCACCAGGACUCGCUUUUGUCAAGCCGGCCGAUGAAGCGUCAAAGCUUUGCCGUUGGGUCAAUGAAUACACGGCGGAGAUCAUGACUCGUCAUCCGGAUCGAUUUGGUUUCUUUGCGUCAGUGCCGCCACUUACCCAGCUCGACGCUUGCCUAGACGAGGUGCGUCAUGCACUAGACGUGCUCAAGGUCGAUGGAAUCGCGCUGCUAUCAAGCUAUGACGACAAGUAUCUUGGUCACCAAGACUUCCGGCCUCUGUGGGAGGAGCUGAACAGUCGCAAAGCUGUCGUUUUCAUCCACCCGACUUUUGCGAAAACAUGGGGUGCGCCAUCCGACGUGUCCAUUCCGCAACCCAUAAUUGAUUUUCCUCAUGAGACGACGCGAACGGCAGUUAACCUCAUCACGUCCAACAUUGUCCGCGACUUUCCGGAUUGCAAGAUCAUUCUCUCGCACGGCGGCGGCACACUUCCAUACGUAGCGACGAGAAUCGCACACCAGACGGCUGACCUUGGCUUGAAGGAUAAAUCAGCCGACGACUUUAUCAAAGAAGCAAAGUCAUUCUACUAUGACCUUGCACUGACGGGGUUCGAGAGCCCUAUCAAGCUCUUGCGUGAUUUUGCAGACCCAGAUCACAUUUUGUACGGAAGCGAUUUUCCGUUUGCGAGAGAGGGGACCAUUGUACCCCAGAUUGCGAAUAUCUCUGCUAUGUCCAUGGAGGACGCUGCGCGAAACUCGAUCGAGUCUGAGGCUGCGAGGAAGUUGUUUCCGCGCUUCGGUAAAUAG